GCGGGGAUGUACGAACUUCCGGUUGUCCCGGCAGGCUGCCGCCUAAGCCGCCGCCUAAGCCGCCAGGCGCAGUCUCAGCCACCGGCUCUCCGCCAGAGAGUCGGCUCUGCGGUUCUGGCGCGCCCAUGGUCGGCGCUGCGGACCGGGAGGCCGGCCCGGCGGCUGCGGCGUGCUGAGAGGCCGGCGUGGAGACCAUGCCGACCCCGCGCGGCUGCUCCGGGCCUUGCCACUUCCUGGCUCUGGCCUUCGUGUUGCUGUUGCUGCCCGCGCUAAGCGGGUCCGGGGCGGUACCGUCGAUGGCGGUCAGGGAGGUGCAGAAGUCCAAGCCUCCCAAGCCCGGGCCGCACACGCUGUCGCCGCUUCCUCCGGGCCCCACCGCGGCCCAGCCUCGGGGCCAAGCUCAGGCUGAUGCCGCCGAGCUGCCAGGCUCGGAGAGCCGCAAUGGCAGCAUCCCCGGGGCGGGGUCUGAGGCGGACGGCCUUGAAGGGAAGGCCGGAGAAGGUUCCCAGGGUGGCAGCCUGGCCGUGAGUCCCAGUCCUGGCGACAAACCCAUGACCCAGCGGGCCCUGACAGUGUUGGUGGUGGUGAGCGCCGCGGUGCUGGUGUACUUCGUGGUCAGGACCGUCAGGAUGAGAAGAAGAAACCGAAAAACUAGGAGAUACGGUGUUUUGGAUACUAACAUAGAGAACAUGGAAUUGACACCUUUAGAACAAGACGAUGAGGAUGAUGACAACACAUUGUUUGAUGCCAAUCAUCCUAGAAGAUGAGUAUGUGCCUUUCAUGAGAAGAUUUCCAUAUUUCUACUGAAGAACAGAGUUUCUAUGUCUAAGGAAUAAGAAGCCACUCUAUCAAGGGGAGGGGAAUUUAAGUUACAUACAUUAUGUCAACCUUUAAUUUGUUGAUACUCAAUCCAUAGUGCAUCAUUUGGUUACAACUUUGUAUAAUUGGAACUGCUGUAUUUAUUAGUGCGCUCUGUGUUAUUAGGGACAAACUGUACUGUGCUGGAUUUUCUGUUUGAAAAUUAUUUUAAGACUGUUUUCUGCAGAGCUUUUGUCCCUGUCUUUUACCAUAUUAUUGUAACUUGGCUUUCUUUAUUAGUCCAUUGUCGUUGCUUUCGUUUUGUCAGUGUCAUAAUGUAAAGAACUAUAAGCCACAGCUAACUGCUAUGAGUAAAUACAAUUCUACUAAACUUUUUCCCAUUUUUAUGGGGAAAAAGCCAAAUCUACUGUUAUUUUUGAGUUUGUAAAUAGUAAUAAUUGUCUGUGCUAAAGUAUGAAAAAGAAUAAAUAUGAUUUAAAAUUAUUUAAGUGGUACAGAUAGAAUGUGUUUAUAAAAUAAACACUGCAUAAUUAUAUAUUAACAUGUGUUUUAUAUUAUCUUUAUAUUCUGAGUCCAAAACAUAUGUUUCCUUAACUAUAGUGUCUCGGUGGAUCUCUGUGAGUUUGAGGUCAAGGAUGAAUCAGACAAAGGUUGAAUAUCUUGCUAGAGAUUAGAUAUUUUUGAAAAUCUAUGAACUUCAAAUACAUUUGUAGUAUAAUGAGAGAGAGUUAAUAUAAAAUGUAUGGUUAUAAGUCUGAGUCUUGUCAGAGAUCAAGAGAUUGAAAAUUUUCAUCUGUAGACUUCGAAGUCAGGAUUUUAUCUAGAGACUAGCAUUAUCUUGCAACAAAUCCAUUCCCACCCAGGUCUGAUUUUAACACAUUUUAAAAUUUAGAAGAAAACUUAGAGAAAAAGCAUGAGUCAUAAAACUCCAUUGCUUGUUAACAUCAGUGAGGUCAUUAAAAUGUGUGACGAAAUGGAAUGAUCCCGAGUCACAGUAGUUUAUAAGGAUGUUGUUAUUUAUUAACAUCAACUUUAUGAUGUCUACUUUUACUGUGUUUGACAUUUUCUCUGUAUUAAGCUGGUUUAAAAAAAUCUACCUCAAAAGCUAAACUCGGCUAUUUUAUAGACUUCUGCUUCAUGAUGAUGAAUUAAUUUGUUACUGACUAAAGCCAACCUUGAGGCUACUCUCAUUCAACAAGGCCACAAUAAAAUCUCCUCUAAGAACGAGAAAAAGAUAAAAAGAAAAAUGGUUGUAUAUUUAAAUAUAACUCAGGCCUGUUAUUUCAAAUAAAACUCAAAGCUUCACAUACUAAAACAGCGUUCUUGUUGCCACAUUCUCUCCUUAUAUUGAGAAGCUCUGCUGGCUGUCCACCGAGGUCAUGUGGCACCAUCAUUCUCUGGCUGGGGUUGUGCUCAUCUUAGUUUCACCUUGACUGAGACUCCAAAGCAGCUUACUCAUAUGCAGACAGUUGAUGGAGAGGUCAGUUAUAGUGCUUAACAUGAAUUUAGCAACUGGAUUCUGAAAAUCAUCCUAAGGUAAAUGUGAAAAACAGCCACCUAUCUUAGGAUUUCAUUUCAGGUGUGUGUGAAUAUCGGCUCUGACACAUUCUAUUCAUUAAGCCUGUCACUAAGAUUAAUUUAGAACCAAGGGAAAGAAACUACAAUCUACAUGAUUGAAGUGGAAAUUUCUGUAUUCUUUUAACAGCUCAGUUGAAUCAUGUGAUGUUUUUCUGGAAACUGUCUUGUGAGAGCAUGUGAUAAAAGCAAACACUUGAGAGAGAACAUGAUGUUUAGAAAGAACAUAAUGGAACCCCACAAACAGUGAGAGGAUUCUCUUGCAUUGCUACACCAUGCAACACUUUGCUGGUCUUUGCUGGUUUUCCUUGGUCUUCACUUCCUAGAAAUAGACCAAAGAACUUCUCAUGACAGUGGUUGUCAUGAUGGAGGCAAGAAACCAUGGAACUAGAACAACGUAAUAUAGCAAGGAGGAUAAAUGUUGCUAGAGACCAACUGCUUGGUGAAGGGCCGUUAUACUAGCCUAUGAGAACAAAUCACUCAGAUGAGGUCAUAAUUAAACAUUACCAUGUUGUAAUUUUAAUACCUUGGGAUAGGAUUGAGGAGCUGCAGGAGAGCCAUAUCAGACUCUGAAACCAGAGAGUCAUUGAUAGAGAUUUAGGCAUUUGAAAAUGCAAAUAGUGAAAGUAAGAGAGCAAUCAGACUACUGCAAGCAUGAGGAACCCUGAUAGAUAAAUGAAAAAAGAGAGUUGACUUGUAUUGGUUUCAGAAGUCUCAUGCCAAUAUGAUAGGGGAAGCCAUAGCUAGAAGUCUCAGGAAUCAAAAUGUUUGAUGCUAGCCAGGGCUAUACAGAGAAACAAUGUGGUACUCAAAUUAAUAUCCCUACAUUUCUAGGAGAGAGCAAAUAAGGAAACUAGAGAUGAUACGGUAGAUGCUCCUGGGGAAGGUAUUGAUAACAGGUGAUUGAGAACAGUCAUAAACUGUGCCCAUUGUUGAAACACAGGACAUCACAGGGAUUGAGUUUUCAAAUGUAUAAAAGGGACCACUGCUGACAUGCCAACAGUCUUGUAGUUAUCAAACAGACCUUGUGUGGCAAGAGCAGUAGCCCAUAACAAAAGAAAAAUUGUAGAUACUUGAACAACUGGUACAAGAGCAGCUGGACUCACAACAUAUAGAAGGGUCUACCAGCCCAUGGAAAAUCCCCCUGUUGUAAAAAAAAAUAAUGAGGAAAAUGGAGGAUGAUAUCUGAUUUAAGAGUAAUGAAUAAAGUAAUUAAACCAA